GCUCUAACCAACAGACAUAUGACUACAAAGGAGCGAAACAAGAUGGGCCAUUUACCAAACCAGGAGGGACACAUGAGCUAAGGAAUGAACUCAGGGAGGUGAGGGAAGAGCUCAAGAUAAAAAUGAGGAGAUCAAACAGAUAAAGGGCGUAAUGGACAAGGAUUUUGAUAAACUCCAGGAAUUUGUGGAGAUUAUGAAGGAAAUGCAGAAGGAUAUGGACGAGAAGAUGGAUGUUUUAAUAAAUAUACAGAAGAACAGCAAGCUUCCCCUUAGAAGAGGGCCAAAGGAACAGCAGGAACUCAGACUGAUAGGAAAAACAGACAUAGACCCCCAGCUCCGGCUCAAGAAAAUGGAUGGAGCAGAUGGAACACCACUUUCUCUUCACAAGAAGAUCAUGGCCCUACAAAAGACAAAGAAGGACCCUCUGGAUUCCCUUCAUCAAUGCGGGACCUACUGCGAAAAAUGUUUGUUGAGUGCCCUAAAGAACAACUACAAUCAGGGCAGCAGAAAACUUCCAUGCCACUCCUGGCCACCCUUUUCAUCCUUGGCCUCUGGAGAUGCUUUUUGAUUUAUCUGUGCUUCAAGC